AGUUUUCCGGUUCGAAUGUAGUGGGGAAGCAUGGUGAGCGCUCUAUGGACGCGGGUCCUAUGUGAGCUGCUACUUAUGGUCUCCUUUGUGCGCGCUGAGAGCGCAGGCGCAGCACAGUGCCAGGCCCUGAAAGCCUAUGACUGCAGCGCUCCUGACCCCGAGGGGUGGUCACUGCAGCAGAAGAACUGGUGCUGUCGCCAUGGUGGAAAGGGAUGCCCGCCCCCAAGGUCUCCGCAUGCGGCGAAGUCGGCCGAGCAUCCUCGGGACUAUGACUGUGAUGCCGACUUUUCUCAGUGGGCUCGAAGUUGGUCGAGCUCCAAGAAGGAGUGGUGCUGCGACAGGAAGCAGAGGGGUUGCACCGAACAGCUUUGCACUGGCGGUGAACACUUGUGGACUGAAGCCAAACGAUCUGAGUGCUGCAACACCUUCAAGAAGGGAUGCCCUCUCUCCAGCCAGAAUCGCUCGCAGAACAUGAGCUCCAGCGCAGUCCAGGAGGUGGAGUACAACUGUGAGGAGCACUUGGUGCAGGGCUGGCCUCGAGCCCAGCAGGCUUGGUGCUGCAGCCAAGCAGGCUUGGGCUGCAAGAAUCAGACUGCAGGUCAAAACUCGUUGCGCUGCACUGGCGAUGAACACCUGUGGUCUUAUGCGAAACGAUCUGAGUGCUGCACCAACUUCCAGAAAGGAUGCAGUUCGUUGAGGUGCCAAGCUUCUUGCGCCUACGCAGGGCAAACUUCGAAGUGCAUUGACCGCAUCAAGUGGGCGAAAGUCCAUAUGUUUGGCGACGACAAGGACGCGUGCAUCUUGGCCUACAGCACGGUGCGGGAGCAGUGCGACAGCUGCGGGGCAUGCGGCCUCCAGGAAGCCGGGUGUGAAGUCCCCUCCUUUGAUUGCGAUGCUGCAUUGAGCGACUUUUCCCGUGAGUGGUCACUAGCGAAGCAAGAUUGGUGCUGCAGAAAACAAGGCAAAGGCUGCAACGGUUCAAGUCCACCGAGUGGGAACUCUUCCAUCGGAAAGCAGGUCCAGAUCUAUGACUGUGAUGCUGACUUCUCCAACUGGCCACGCUGGUCAAGCUCCAAGAAGGAUUGGUGCUGCAACAGGACGCAGAGAGGUUGCACUGAACAACUUUGCACUGCCAAUGAACACCUGUGGUCUGAUGCAAAGCGAUCUUGGUGCUGCACCAACUUCCAGAAAGGAUGCAGUUCGUUGAGAUGCCAAGCUUCUUGCACCUACGCAGGGCAAACUUCGAAGUGCAUUGACCGCAUCAAGUGGGCGAAAGUCCAUAUGUUUGGCGACGACAAGGACGCGUGCAUCUUGGCCUACAGCACGGUGCGGGAGCAAUGCGACAGCUGCGGGGCAUGCGGCCUCCAGGAAGCCGGGUGUGAAGUCCCCUCCUUUGAUUGCGAUGCUGCAUUAAGCGACUUUUCCCGUGAGUGGUCACUAGCGAAGCAAGAUUGGUGCUGCAGAAAACAAGGCAAAGGCUGCAACGGUUCAAGUCCACCGAGUGGGAACUCUUCCAUCGGAAAGCAGGUCCAGGUGGCCGGCUCCUCUACAUCGCGGAGGCUCCAGAACAUGGAGUAUAAUUGUGAGGCCGGCAAAUCCGAGUGCCUCUACGGCUGGUCUGCGCAGAAGCAGGACUACUGCCAGAACGUGAGCAUGGGCUGCAAUGAGGAUUGCUUCGACCAUGUCGAGAAGUGGUUUUCAACAUGGAGUGUCAAGAAGAUCCGUUCGUGUUGCCAACAUCGCGCCUCCUAUUUUUGCUUGGACCAGACUGCCUUGCAGAGGUGCAAGAUCGCGUCCCAAGGGCAGCUGGCCGCCACGAAUGCGACGAGUCACCUGCAAGUGAAGUGCGGGGGCUUUCAGAACGGCACGCUGUUGCAUGAAGCCGUGAGAGCUGGAUCGGUGGAGGACGUGAAGUUCCUAUUGAGUCAGGAGCUUCCCGUGGAUGAAAAGGACAACUUUGGCAGAUCUCCUCUGUCCUAUGCAGCUGCUGCGACCUCUCCAUGGUCCAUGAAGAUAGCAGAGCUGCUCCUGGAUGCUGGUGCCAAGGUGGACGGGGAGGACAAGGCAGGCUCAACCCCCUUGCAUCGUGCAGCCAUGAAGGGCGAUGUGGCAAUGGGGGAGCUCUUGCUGGAGCGCUAUGCGGACGUGGAUGUGAAGGACAAGCAGGGCAGCACGCCCUUGUUCAGUGCGGCCGUUCAGGGUCGCUUGAAGAUGGCACAGCUCUUGGUGCGUUGCGGCGCCGACGUCUUCGAGACCAUGUCGGAUGGCACCACCUGUGUGGAUGCCACCGUGGUGAGGGACGUCCAGACGAGAGAGUUCUUGGAUCGGCAGAGGACGUUCUGGGCAUUGCUGGAGAAGCCGUGGGUCCUGGAGGGAUUUCCUUUCGCCUUCAUCUUGGGCAUGAUUUUGGCGCUGUUUCAGGCAUCUCCAUCGCGUGAUGCUGGCGCUGCCUGGAGAAGAGACAAAGACCUGGGAAUUGGGUGGGGCUACGUGACCUAUGUGGGAUGGUUUUGCAAAAACUCCAAGCCACUAACAGGCCUCUGAAUAUGAGUAUACAAUUGUGACUCUAAUCGUAUUGCGCAUUGUUGUUUUUUGGGUUUGGCCACCUUGAUCAGCACAUCCAAGGGACACGGCUUUGCCUUUUACCAUGGGGCAUGGCUUUGCCUUUACAGGCACCGCAUCGGACAUCCUUGGUUCUGUGUGCUGCGGGUGAUCGAUGUCCUCAGCAUCUUGGUCUUGGUCUUUGGGUGCGGCAUGUGGGUGGUGCAGCCGUACUUUUGGAUUUCUUUGCAUUUCAUCCUCUAUUUCCUCCCUGCUUGGUACUGGCAGACGCGAAGCCUUAAGCAAGGCUCAUUCUCCUGCGGAGGCUUGCGAAAAGCCCUGGCAGCACCUGGGUUGAUGUUGGCGCCGCCGGCUCCUUGCGAUCUGGACGAAGUAAAACUAGAAAUCCCUGUGGUUGAAGAAGGCGUUGGCCCGAGACUGUCCUUAGCGCGAUUCUUCUUCUUGGUGACCAUCAUCGUGAUGCUGGCAAGACCUCGACACUGUGAGGAUGAAGUCUUUGAGACGGUGAUUGCUCAGAGUGUAUGUAAAAGCACCACUUGGGUGCCCAGCGUCGUGCUGGAGUUCGGACUAAAGUAUGGGCUGCAAAAUCCACAUUGGGAGGCGCUGCUGCAAAAGCCUUACCGCCUUUGGUCCAGGACCUCGCUGAAAGCAACUCUGUCAUGGGAAGCUUCGGAGAAGACCAAUGUCGACCUCGAACUGCAAUGCAAUCCCAUCACUAUUUUUUUAAUAUGCCUGCUGCUCUUGGCAGGCCUUUUGUAUGUCCUACGCCUUUUGGGCAAGUGCUUCUUGAGCUUGCCCUGUGCUACAGCUGCUCAAGGCUCCUACUCUUACCGCACACUUUUUGUUCAGUGUGAAGGUGAGAACAGGGAAGAUGCCCAGGAGGCCAACGAGGAGGAUGCCAAUGAGGAGGGCAAAGCACUCUUGAAAGACCUAAUAUCUGUCGACUAUCAAACAAAAGGAGAACCAGAAGAGGAGAUCGCCCUGCCUCCCAAUGUCCUUCUUGAGAAGGGCUGGGCUUGCGACGGGGGCCUGUUUCGCUUCUUGUCGGGCUUGUACGUGAGAGUCUCGUUGCUGGUCCUGGAUCUGGUCUUGGACUGUUGGAACAUCCACACCAUGGUCUUCAGUGGCAACUACAAGUUCGCUUGCUUCAUGGUCUUUGUCCUGUCCAAGUCACUUGGUCAACAGGUCUUUUCCGAGAGCCUCUUGAACCUGCGAGAUGCCCUGAGCAAGAGCGUGAAGAAAGGAUAUAUGCGAAGAGAUUUGAUGGAGAUCUUCGCCGAAGAACAGGGCUUUGAAGCAUGUGCAUCCUUGGCACUCACAACGUAUGCCUAUUGGUACACAGUCUCAGAUGCUUCCACGGCUCUUCGACAAAUAGUCAGCAUCGCGGUGAGUGUGUAUAACCUGGCUCAGUUUCUGUACCAACGGAUUGAUUUGGGGAUUGAUCUCGAGUAUCAACCGGAAGAACCCCUCACACCGUCGCGCCAGCGCGCCAACACGUCCUUCCACGGUGCAUGAGCCGGGAGUGUCUGGAGCAUCCUUGAGUGCAGAGAGAGGAGCGUGUAGCUUUUCAGAAUGUUUAGGUAGCUUUAGGUGGGUGAGGGUCACAGUCCGGGGUCCCUUGAACAAGGCAUCGGCAUCGUCAAGCUUUGCGUUUCAGUGGAGG